AUGACACUGGGAUCUUCUGAUCGUCUCUUGCCAACCACCCCCGGUCUCUGGGGGGGCUGUAGGGGGGGUGGGGGUGGGGCGGGGGGGGGCUCGGGCGGCGCUGGCUGUGGGGCUGUGCGGGGGGGGGGGGGACGGGCUGGUGGGUGCGGGGGGCGCGCUGGGCUGGGGGGGCCGCCUGGGGGGAUGGGCGGCGGGGGGGCGCUCUGGGGCGCUUGGGGGACCGGGGCGAGUGGGGGGGGGGGCCUGGGGCCGGGUUGGGGGGGCUGGGCUGGGGGGGCGGGGGCUGGGGGCUCGGUGUGUCGGGCUAGGGGGGUAGCGCGGGGGGUGGCUGGCGCUUGUGCUGUGUAG